CAAUUUCUUUUUCUUUCUUUCUUUUUUUUUUAAUAAUUCUUAAGCUUUGAACAAUGAUUAACGACAUUUGGGCUGAAAGUGAUAGUGAGGAACAAAUCAAAUACGAGAAAACACUUGCAGAGAAUGAAUGGAAUCGUCUUCAAGAAGAUCAUGGCAAUGUUGGUUAUAAAGAAGGUAUAGUGGAAGGAAAAGAAGUAAAUAUGCAACGAGGGUUUGAUCGAGGAUAUAUCGAAGGACUUUCCAUCGGGAAAGCAGUAGGUAGACUUCGUGGUAUAGUUAGUUGUCAAGUUAUCUUUUAUAGACAAAUAAUGAAAAAUGAAGAAGCAGCAAAAGAAUUGGAUAUAUUAUUUGAUGAAAUAGAUAAAACUGAAGUUCAUCAUAUCUUUAACGUUGAUUAUUUUAGACAAGAUGGUCCUAAGGAUGUCGAUAAUUAUAUUGCGCCUGAAGUUUUUGUUAAAAACCUGGAAGAAAAAGUGAAUUCAACAUUGAAGUUGAUUACAGAAAAGUAUUCUCCCUCCUCCUAAAUAUAUAUAUAUAUAUGUAAUAUACGCAUAGAUGAUAAACA